AUGAAACUGAUAAAUUUUCUCACACUAAAUGCCACUUAUAGGCCUUGGACUGUGACGACCUUAUUCCAAAUGCGUGAUGCACGCUCAGUAAUGCCCUGCAUCGAUUUACCGUUCAUGAAAGCAACUCUCGAUAUCUGCAUAACUCAUCCGCCUGGAACUGAAGCUCGGUAUAUAUCACCACUUGAGAUUAUUCGCAUUAUUCGUCGAAAUAUGGGAUAUCUUGGUCACUUGAAAAUUGCAAUUCUUCAAUAUAUGAGCGAAUUCACCGGAUUUGAUUAUCCGUUGAAAAAGUUAUCGCUCUUUUCCACUUCACUACCGGUUAAUGGAGUGGAAAACUUUGGUCUGAUUGUGCUCAACGAACGUUGGAUGGCAUAUCCCAAAUAUCGUAUGGCACACUCAAUAUUAGCGCAUGAAAUCGCACAUCAGUGGAUCGGUAACAUUGUUACUGUCAAGAAAUGGAACGAAAUUUGCUUACAGGUUCACUUUUAUUUAACAUUUAGCAUUCACUAUUAG